AUGAAUGUAAAGAAGAAGGACUUGCCACCAGGACCCACUCCUUUGCCACUUCUGGGGAAUAUUCUGCAGAUUAGUACCACUGAAUUGCCAAAGUCUCUGGUGAAGCUUGGUGAAAAGUAUGGACCUGUUUAUACAGUCUACCUGGCCAACAAUCGAGCAGUCAUGCUAAUUGGCUAUGAUGCUGUGAAGGAGGCUCUGGUUGAUCGCAGUGAUGUGUUCAGUGAAAGAGGGGAAAUGGAUCUAAUAGAAUUAUUCUUUAAGGAUUUCGGGGUCAUCAUGAGCAAUGGAGAGAGAUGGAAGACAAUGCGUCGAUUUUCCCUGACAACACUGAGAAAUUUUGGAAUGGGGAAGAGGAGUGUGGAGGAAAGAAUCCAGGAGGAAGCUCGGUGUCUCAGGGACAGAUUUAUGAAGAUCAAAGAUAAGCCAAUAAACCCGAUUCAUCUGCUAAGAAUGGCUGUCUCUAAUGUCAUCUGCUCCAUUGUAUUCGGUGAAAGAUUCGACUAUGAUGACAAGAAGUUCUUGACCCUUCUGACAAAUAUUCAAGAAAUUGUGACCCUGAUAAACUCUCGAUUAGCACAGUUUCUGAAUCUGUUCCCAACCUUAAUGAAACAUAUCCCUGGCCCCCACCAGAAAAUUUUCCAAAAUUUUGAAAAGCUUAAACAGUUUCUACUGGAUAUGGUGGAAGCUCACAAGGAAACAUUGGAUGAGAACUGCCCUCGUGACUUUAUAGAUUGCUUCCUCAUUAAAAUGGAAGAGGAAAAGAACAAACCCAAAACAGAAUUUAAGAGAGAUAACUUACUAGGAACAGUAAAUGAUCUGUUUUUUGCUGGGACUGAGACAACAAGUAUGACCCUGAGAUAUGGCUUCCUGAUACUACUCAAAUACCCUGAAGUACAAGAGAGGAUCCAUAAAGAGAUCGAUAAUAUAAUAGGCAGACAUCGCUGUCCAUCAAUGGAGGACAGAAAUAAGAUGCCAUAUACAGAUGCCGUCAUUCAUGAGAUCCAGAGAUUUGCUGAUAUUAUACCAGCAGGACUACUUCAUGCAACCAACAAGGACACCACAUUUAGAGGAUAUCAAAUUCCAAAGGGAACAUUGGUGCUUCCAAUCUUAACUUCUGUCUUAAAGGACCCAAAACAGUUCAAAGACCCUGAUAAAUUUGACCCUGGACAUUUCCUUAAUGAGAAUGGCACUUUUAAGAAAAGUGAUGCCUUCAUGCCAUUUUUCUGCAGAAAACGUGUGUGUAUGGGCGAGGGUCUGGCUCGCAUGGAACUCUUCCUUUUUUUAACAACCAUUCUUCAGAGAUUUACUUUGAAACCCACUGUGGACAUAAAUGACAUAGACAUUACACCUGAACCCAACAGCAAUGCUACUAGACCUCGUGAAUAUGAAAUGUUGGCUGUGCCUCACUGA